AUGUAUGUUAAAGUGACAUCUCCGUUAGCCAGAUUUGCAAGAUAUUUGUCUACCAAGACCUGUUCACUGCAAGCUAAAACCCGCCCUAUAGAAGAGUCAGCCAAUAUUAUCAGACAUUUACAAUUUACGAACCAAUUGCCGUUUGAAAAAGGUUUACUGAUACAGGAGAAAUUUGUCAAAGCAGAAUUAGAGUUAAAAGAACUUCAUUCGAAGAUUAGAAGAAAACUGGAACGAUUACACCAGUCCGCUGAUAAUACCACCACAAUAAAUGAACAUGAGAAAAAGAUUAUAGAUAGAAUUCUUGCAAUGAAGCCAAACCCGAUCGUUAUGACAUUUGAAUUUGAGCCGGCAUAUAGUGGAGGCAAGCGCAUCAAAAAGACCAUUACACCAGAAGAAAUAAAAAAGUAUGAAUCAUUCGUACCAUUGGCUCAAAAGGAAAACAAAAAACCGAAGUUUGUACAGGUGGAAAGAGGCGGCCAAGUUACGUUCCAUGGGCCAGGUCAGAUGGUUGCGUAUAUAGUACUCGAUUUGAAGUCUUUUUCUGAUUUCCCAGCGAAAUGCCUUGUUUCAAGCAUUGAAACGGCCACAAUCACAACAUUGAAGAAUACAAAAACCAAUGGUGGUACAUCGCUCCUAAAUUUACAAUCUGAAACCACUGAAAAUACCGGAGUAUGGACCCUGGAUCAUAAGAAAAUCGCCAGUGUCGGAGUUCAUGUCAGAAGGUCAAUAACUUCCCAUGGGGUAGCCAUCAAUGUAUGCUCUGACUUAUCUUACAUGAAUAAUUUUGUGAUGUGCGGUUUACCUUCUAGUGAGGCAACUUCGAUAAAAGAGCAACUUCCAGAUUGCAAUGUAGGUGUUCAAGAUAUUUCAGUAAGCUUCGUAAAUGAAUUCGCUAAAACUUUAGGUAUUAGUACCGUGGAAAGAAUGCAGCUUUCUGAUUUAGACGUAGAAUAG